GUUUAUCAAAGCCCCAAGUUACCAAAAUGUUAAUAAAAACCCGUGAUUCUUUGACACAAAUUGAAAAAACAAAUUAAUAAAAAUAAAUACAACUAAAAAUUUUAAGUUCGUGAUAGCAAAAUGUUUCCUUCAAAAAAUAGUCAAGAUUUAACUGAACUUCUUACUUUCGAAAAUAAUAUUGAAAAUGACGGUGCUUCGUCUUCUAUUGGCCAAGAAAUCCAUGCAAAUGAAUACUUGGAGGGAAAAGAAAACGAGUCGAGUUUUUACACAGAUAUUUGGUUUUGGUUUUAUUUUAAUCUAAAAGAGGAUGAGCAUGAGCAAAUGAUUAAAAAUCAAAUAAUUCAGGGCAAGUAA